ACGGUUCGGAAAGGACGGUAACGCUACAGGAGCCGGGCGAGAGGGCAGAGCGAGCAGGCCGCCCCGCUGCGCACACGCCCGGCGCUCAGCCAGCUUUACAUGUGGUACACAUGAAAAUGAGGCUGAGAACGCGGAAGGCUUCUCAGCAAUCGAAUCCAAUUCACGCGCAGCGUGCUCAGAGGGCAAAGAGGAAACACUCGGAGGUGGAGGACAGCCUACCUGUCGGCGGGGGGAAGCUGCAGAAAAAUGAGGCGGGCCUGCUGUCCUCAAUCAAAAAGUUUAUUAAAGGAAGCACACCCAAGGAAGAAAGAGAAAAUCCUGCAAAAAGAAGUAGAAUUGAACGGGAUAUAGAUAACAACUUGAUCACAUCCACACCUCAAACAGGAGAAAAGCCUAAUAAACAGAUCUCUCGAGUAAGACGGAAAGGUCAAGUGAAUGGAGAAGCUGGAAGUUACGAAAUGACAAACCAACACGUCAAGCAGAAUGGGAAAUUGGAAGAUAAUCCUGCCACUGGCAGUCCCCCACGAACUACAUUACUGGGAACCAUAUUUUCUCCCGUCUUCAAUUUUUUUUCACCAGCAAAUAAAAAUGGAACAUCAGGAUCAGAUUCUCCAGGACAAGCUGUUGAAGCUGAAGAAAUAGUCAAACAGCUUGAUAUGGAACAGGUAGAUGAGAUUACUACAAGUACUGCAACAUCCACCAAUGGAGCAGCUUACACUAGCCAGGCGGUGCAGGUCAGAUCUGCUGUCAACAAUGGCUUAGAAGAAGUAGAAGAAACAAAUGAUCGUGACCUGCCACCACUUACAGCACCAGUAUCUCCAGACAGUGGCUACUCAUCAGCUCAUGCAGAAGCCACCUAUGAAGAAGACUGGGAAGUCUUUGAUCCAUACUAUUUCAUCAAACAUGUUCCACCACUAACAGAAGAACAACUUAACAGGAAGCCAGCUCUUCCCCUGAAAACAAGAAGCACACCAGAAUUUUCGUUAGUUUUAGACUUGGAUGAAACAUUAGUGCACUGUAGUCUAAAUGAAUUAGAAGAUGCUGCACUCACUUUUCCAGUUCUUUUUCAAGAUGUCAUUUACCAGGUCUAUGUCCGGUUAAGGCCGUUCUUCCGAGAAUUCCUGGAACGUAUGUCUCAGAUUUAUGAGAUCAUUCUUUUUACUGCUUCUAAGAAGGUGUAUGCAGACAAAUUACUGAAUAUCCUAGACCCUAAAAAGCAACUGGUCAGGCAUCGACUUUUCCGUGAGCAUUGUGUCUGUGUACAAGGAAAUUACAUAAAGGAUUUAAACAUUCUUGGUAGAGAUCUUUCAAAAACGAUCAUCAUUGACAAUUCACCGCAAGCCUUUGCCUACCAGCUUUCAAAUGGAAUUCCUAUAGAAAGCUGGUUCAUGGAUAAAAAUGACAAUGAACUCCUAAAAUUGAUUCCAUUUCUGGAGAAACUUGUAGAGCUGAAUGAAGAUGUCCGACCUCACAUCAGAGACAGAUUUCGCUUGCAUGACUUGCUACCCCCCGAUUAAGCCUUCGGUCUAAUUACUGGAGGGGGAGAAAAUGCAGGACCCUUUUGGACUGAAACAAAACAUUGCCAUUACUGUUGAAAUUUUGCAUUUUUGUACCCCGUCUUGCUUUUCUUAUCUUUGGUGCCCAACAAUAAUCAAGGGUUACAGAAAGAGACUUCAUAUAUCUGAGAUGGAAUACAACCAGUACAAUACAGUACAACGCAGUAGGUAGGCUAGAACAGAAAAGUCUUUAGAACUAGUGCGACUCCGAUGAGAUUUUUUUAUGUACAGGACAUCUGCAGUUUAUAAAGAAUUCUGUUUCUGCCACCAGCAGUUUGACCUGUAGAAACACAGGAUUUUAUGAUAUAACAGAGAUUGAAAAAAGACUCUUCUUUUCUCUCUGUUCGGUGCUCUAAGUGGGUUUGUAGCCACUUUUCUGUUACUUUAGAGAUUCUCAUUUCAACAGGAAUGGCCAGUAAAAGUUGUUUUUAUUUUUCCUGUUAAGGUUUAUAACCUUUUUACACUUUUGACCUGUAUUAGAUUAGAAUUUCAUUAUGCAUUCCUUUUAGUUGAGGCGCUUCAUAGUUUUUCUGGGAAUAGCCAAAUUUUCUUAGUUUUUUAUUAUCCAGUUGAAUGGCCGUUUUCCUGCUUCGUCUGCCUGCAUACUGUAUAUUUGUUUAAAAAUAUUCUCUAGUUUUAAUCCAUGUAAGUUUCAUUUAGAAAGAAAAACCCUGCAUUUAUAUUUUGUUUCUGUAAUAUUCUACUGUAGUUGAAAUCUUUUCAAAGAUCAAGAGACUGGCUAGAUAAGAAGAUAUAAGAAUUACUAAUAUUCAGAAUAUUCUAAACCAUUGUGAUGGCACGUGCUCCGGACAGACAAUAUCUGGCAGCGGCACAAACAGCCGGUGGACAAGGAAUACCUCAGACCAUUCUGUGCAUGCGAAUCCCUAAAGGAGAAUUAGUUGGGUCACCUGGUAGGUCUGAUGCCACUCGAGUACUGCUGCCUUCAGGUUCCUCCACGAAUGAAGUAUUCUGCACGGUGGCUCAGUGUUUAACGUGUUUUGCAUGGGCUGGCGGUGCCUCUGUUACGCUGCUCUUCGUUACAAUCACUUCUAAUCGGCGUAACAGCGCGGGCACCCGGCAGUAACUAUGCACAAUCCUGUGGUACAGUACGCUCCGUGCCGCCAGCGCAGUCAGUCUGCUAUCAUAGUGGUUUCCUAUGCUAUAUGGAAAUAGUCUUUCAGCCUUGGUUCUCUAAUGCAGCUACUACAAGAGGUCGAUAUUUUUAUAAUGGUGCGUAAUCUCCUGUUCAGGAGGCUUUUUAUGGAAGGUAUAAUUUGUACAAGUGAGGAUGCUUGCCUCUCGACUGCAUUGACACGCCACAGGCUCAGACUGUUUUUGUGUAAAAGAUGUCACAGAACGGCACUUUUUCUAAAGAGAAGUUUGAUAUUUUGUAUGCUUGUUAAGAAAGUACAGUAUUGGAAAUUAAAGGUGGACAACUGAUAAUUGAGAAGUAUGUCAAUUAAUUUUUUAUGUAUAUUACCUGUUUACUUGUACAAUUUUAUUGUACAAAUUACAUGCAGCUUCAUUUUCAAAUGAGUCCUUAAAGUAAGGAAAAUCUUUUUAGGAAAACAUUUAAUUUUUGUAUUUUUGAUUUUAAAAGGCAUGAGUUAUGUCAACUUUUUCCAGUGUAUUAAUGAAGAUUUUAACUUUUCAUCAGGUUGAGUGUUUUCUUACUAUAUUAUCUGUUGUGUAUGUAGCUAGCACAUUGUGUCACUGAACUGUUUAAAAAGAUUAGCAUGUAGAGCAAGCCUGUUUUGUGGAAAAUCCUUAUUCAUUAAAAAAAAUCAUCAUGGCAGGUUUUCUGCAAAAAAAGUGAAAACAUUUGCAAUUCAGAAUACUGAUUUUUUUUUUUUUUUGUAUUUAAAGAAAGGUAUUUUGCUUGCAGGAAAGAAAUACUACAGAUUCAUUUUAAUGAGAAUCUUUUAAAUGUAUUUAUCUUUAGGGCAUCUGGGCAUCUUUACACUGUUUGUCUUAUGUCUUUAUUGAAAUAAAAUGUACAUAACAUUACCUUUAUAUAUGCUUUUGCGCAGACGUGUGAGCCUGUAACCAUCCCCGUUCCCUCCUGUUUUUAUGUUGAUAAGAUGGUUCUGGAAAUAUUUAUAGAUUUUGGAAAUGGUCAGCUUGUAUUUGAAUUGCUACAUGGUUUGCCAACUAUUUUUUAGCUGUUCGUUAAAAUGUAAAUCUAAAUCUAAGAUUUUUAAUUAGUUUUAACGGCGAAUCCUUGUUUAACGUGGAGUUCUUCCAAAUUCCUUAGAGUCAUUUACACGGUGGGACUGCUUUACGAAUCACUAGGCUACCAGAAGGAACCCGUUUUUGUUCAGUAGCUCGUAGCUUUUCUCCGACUGUCAGAAGAGAUCCUCAUCUGCUCAGAUAACGUCCUUACACACGCGCGUCCUAUCUUUGGCUAAAACCAUUAUAAAAGUGCUUUCUUUCGUUGAGGAAACCAAAGCAUACAUUGCACUUUACAGCUGUAUCUGUGUUGUGAUUAUCAGAUCAGUGAGGGAAAUGGAAAUGUAAAUUGGAGGAUUUAGUUCUACGUAGAUGCACAACAAAAAUGACAGAGACUGCUUAGUAAACAUAUUAAAUAUUAAUAUUUUAAUGUGCUGCAAGUCUGAUAUUUAUCAUUCUGAACUUUCUUUGCAGAAUGAGUCUACCUUCUUCAAAAUGUAAGUUCCUAACAAUGUCAAACCCUUCUGGCAUAAAAACAAACUCUUUGCAUGAAGCAAAGUCAUCUUCCUUCGGAUCUGACUUUCAUCGGUCAGUCUCGAGGCCGAGACCCAACUAUUUCUGUGACUUUAGUCUGGAUCAAAUUGUGCAUACCAAAACUGACGCUGGUAACCGAGGGAGGCUCAGCUACGCCUGUUACUCGAGUUUGAAUGUAGAACUAUGCCACUUAAGCAGUUAAUCUUGUAGCUGUGUCAUUUAUUCUCAUGCUGUGUAUGUUUAGAAAACACGACAUCCUACUUCCAAAGUUCUUAAUGAUUUCAUUUUUGUCUACGGUUUCAUUUGUGGUCUUUGACUUGAUUAUGGCAACUGUUUUCUAAUUGUACGUGCUCGUAUGUAUCCUGUUCUAGGUUUGAGUGCUUUUAGUUUGGACAGCAAAACAACAAUAUUUCGUACUUCCAUUAUUGGCUGCUUUUCCACCUUUGAUUCAUUUCACCUUCCAUCUCUAUAGAAAAAUAUUUUUUUCAUUGUUAUUCAAAUGUAUCUGAAAGCCUGAAUGUUCCGAGACCUGAUCAAGCAUCUUCCGAAGGAAGAGUUGUAUCAGCUGAAUGCAUGCUAUAAGGAGGCACUUCCUCAAACAGAGCACUGCAGUGUGUUAUUAACAGUGGCCAGAUGCGUGAGCGCAGAACUGCUUGCUCUCGCUCACUGCUGGAAGCAAGCAUCCUUCUCAUCCCGCGCCUUUUCCCCUCCCAGACUCUUCAGAGCCCUUUUCUAGGCGCUUGUUGGAUGGGGACAACUGAAAAAGCAUCAAGCCCUGGUGGGCGGAGGGACCGGGAACGAGUGGCUGAGGAAAGGGCGCGGUGGGUGCAGCUCUCCUCAGCCUGCCUCCAGGAGCAGCGCGGGGAUGUGAGCCUGUCAUGGUGGGGCUUGCUUGGUUGCUCAGGAAAGCCGUCCAAAACGCAGAAGUGUUACUAUCCAAGUAAAUACCUUGAUUCUUUUCCUUCUGGUUCUGACUUCCUUAUAGCAUUGCAUUGCAAAUCAUUACCUUUAUUCUCCGUCUAAAUCAACCUGAAUCGGCCACAUCCUGUUAGUAUAUACAUUAAGGGAGAUGGUGGCAUUUGUAAGCUCGCAAAUGUGACUAAAACUAAGGAAAGCCCUGUCGGUGCUGGGGUGCUCACGUGAGUGAGCUGUGGCUGCAGAACUCCUUGUGUGUCCCUCACUGUCAUCCCUCUUUGUUCUGACUGGGGAUUGGAUUAGCACUGAGCACACCUGAAUUUGGGGAAUUAGGAAAGUUCUCUGUGCCGCCUUUGUCUCCUCUCCGCCCUGUGCUCCCGUUACCUUCCGUUGGGAGGACUCGGAGAGCACACCUUUACAAAGCUAGAAUUCCAGUGCAAAAUUAAUAUUUGCAUAGUUGAAAUUAAUCUAGUACGUGUCGCUAAAUGUAAUGGAUUUCAGGAAGUCAAGGCCAGAAAGUAAACAUUCACAACAUCGUGUCAACUGAAAGAAAAGGCCAACCACCUACUGGUACGGUAUCAGCGCGGUUGUCACCUUUGUUCUAAUAAGUGCAACGAGAAACUAACAGCUAUUACAUUAAAAUAACGUCUUCCGCUGUAAGUAGAAUUUCAAGUUAAGUAUUUGUUAUUUUUCUGGGGAAAGGACUUACGUGGGUCUGCGCGGCAAAGCAGGCGGGUGGCUCAGUCAACUCCAUUAAGCUUCUUUAAUCUCAUUAUCGAAGCCUGGUAGAAAGGUGAAAUAAGAAGAUGAGAGCCAGGUGGCGCCUCGGCAGCGCGGUGGGCGUUGGGCAGCAGCGCACGGCUGCGUGCCGGUGGCCGGUUCCCAGGGCUCUCCCUUUUCCCUACUCUCCCUGGGGACUUUGGUUUCCUGCUUCCUUCCUCCUCCGGGGCCGCGUGUUGGGCCUGAGCAGGAGUUGAUCCGCUGGGACGGAGCGUGCUGUGGUGACCAAGGUCGGUUCCAGCUGCUGUGUGCUGGGAGCUGGAGGAAGGCUGGCGGGAAGAUGGUUUUUCUGGGAAUGUAAUCGUGUAAUCGUCACGUUGAAGUCAUUCAGCUGGAGAACAAUGUUGUGGUGUACUUCAGAGACAUUAAAGGACUGUUCUCAAAGAUCCGAUUAGGCCAAAACCGUGUAAUUUCAGAUUUGCAUCUUGGAUUUUUGAUGCUUAAAUCAUUAACAAGUUGAUAAAUGGCUGAUGAGAAGUAGCAUAGAUGCAUUGUUUUCUUAGCGAGUAGUCAUAAUUUUGUAAAAAAAAAAAAAAAAAAAAAAAAAA